CUUCAUGCAGACUAUCAACAUACACAUUGCGGCUAUUUAAACAAGUGUGAAAUAAACACAAACAAGAAAGGAAAACAUGGCAGAAACGAUGACACGAUCCGAAGCUGCCAAGCUGGUGAAAAAAGCCUUUUUGGAAGCUCUGAAAUCAAAUGACUACAGAACUCUGGAGGAGUUUUUGGUACAAAAGCAAAUAGAUGUCGAUACUGUGUUUGAAGUGGAAGAUGAGAACCUGCUCUUGGCAUCUUAUAAACAAGGGUAUUGGAUGCCUAGUUAUAAACUGCAACAUUCUUGGGCAACUGCACUCCAUAUAUCUGUCUUGUAUGGACAUCUGGAGAGCUUGAGAGUCCUGUUGAAGUACAAAGCAACAGUCAACUGCAGACCCAAUGGGAAAGCAGCAAUCCACAUAGCGUGUGAACAAGCCAAUCUGGAUUGUGUCAACAUACUUUGCAGCAAUGGGGCAAAGCCUAACUGCUAUUCACUGAGUGGGCUUGCGCCUUUGCACUUCUGUGCUACGAAGCUUUCUUUGCCAUGUGCCCAGCAGUUAAUCUGGAAAGGUGCAGAUGUGAAUAUAAAAACAAACAAUCAAGAUGAGGAAACUCCCCUCCACACAGUUGCUCGUCAUGGCAUCCCUGAAAUGGUGGCAUUUUAUGUAGAGAAUGGAGCGGUGGUUGAUUCUACUAAUGCUCACAGAGAAUCGCCACUGGCUUAUGCAACCUACUGGGCCCUUAAUGUUAAGGAGCAGACUUACAGCUCAGAUCACCACCUUAUCUGUAGGAUGUUGCUCGACUAUAAAGCUGACGUUAAUUCACGGGAUGAGGAUUUCAGAACACCGCUCCAUAAGGCUGCCUGGAACUGUGAUCAUGUCCUGCUAGACAUGCUGCUUGAUGCAGGAGCGGAAGCCAACCUGAUGGAUGACAAUGGGUGUGCUCCUCUGCAGUAUGUCCUCAAAGUGACAGGGGUGCGGGCAAGUGCCCAGCCUGAAAUUUGUUACCAGUUACUUCUCAAUCAUGGAGCUGCCCGGAUAUAUCCUCCACAAUUCCAUAAGCAGGUUCUGCAGACCUGUCACUCUUACCCCAAAGCAAUUGAGGUCAUUGUGAAUUCAUAUGAGCACAUUACAUCCACAGCAAAAUGGAGAACAGCUGUACCUGAUGAUGUCUUCGAGUUGUACAAGGAUUUCUACGACUCUCUUUUUGAGGUGUGUGGAAAUACACCACGAUCACUCAAGCAUUUAGCCAGAUGUGCUAUUCGCAGAACAAUGUUCAAUAGAUGUCACAAAGGGAUCCCAUUACUUCUCAUUCCAGUAACUCUGAAGAAGUAUUUGCUUUUAGAACCAGAAGGAAUAAUAUACUAAGCUUUGUUAGAGACAUUUCCCCCCAAUAACCGUAUUUGUAAUACUGAUGUACUCCCAUGGAAGAAGUUAAAAUCAAGAUUUCAAUGACAAGGCCAGGGCAAAACUUCAUACAAAGGUUCUAAGCUUACACAAAGUGCUUAAAGCUACUGGGCACUGGACCUAUUUCAUAAUAUAUUUCACUCAUAACUUAUGUCCAAACCAAUAACAGGGGAAAAGGAAUUAGGUCAACUUUUCCAUCUGCUCUCAAAUUUAUAUAAUGACUGAGCUACAUGUAUCAAUGCUUUCAAAAAUCUAGUUUCCAAUGAUCCAUACAAAGCAAAUAGCAUGAAGAGAAGGAUGUGAUGAGAGACCAUGAUUUGAUUUGAUUAACCUUUGGAACCAAGAACUAAUCCCAAUACAGACAUCUAAAGGCCAGCCAUUCCUUAAAAGAGUGUGGUGAGAUUGCCACACCAGUCAUGUUUUUUGUGGCCUCUCAAUUCUACCAGAUGAUUUCUUGAAGGAAUUGUUUCCCUCACGAAAGCUGCAUCCUUUCCUAGUGAGGAUAGGUUACUGGGGCUACCUCAACCCUCAAAACACAGACAACCUCAAGAGCAGAAAUGGAAGAAAGUAAAUGCUUCACAAAUGGCUCCUACCUCUUCCUAAAAGUAACCUCCACCCUAUAUCACAACUUCACAAGUCACUCACAAAGCCUCACAUUGUGCUCUCCUUUCCUGUUGCUUCUUAGAGAUCUUGAAAAGCAUGUUUAACUGUUCUUUCCCGCUCACUUGGAGCCAGUAGUACUGUGCCAUGUUGAAAUAAAUAACGAAGAUAUAUUUAUUCUACGUUUGAUAUAUUUAGGAAUAUUUCAUCCUAUUUAAUGCAAUCUGUCCUUUGAUAUCAUUCUGUCAGCAAUGUUAUUCAGCUUUCUAUCCAAGAGAAGAAAACUGAGACAAAGGAAAAGUACAAAAAUAAUCACGUCUGGCAAUGUUUAUUUCAAAGAUACUGGAGAAGGUACUUCUGUCAAGGCUGUAUUUGUUCUGUAAUUCCUCAGUAGUAUGUGAACAUAUGAUGGUAGAAUGCUGAGGUGGCUGGAGGGGCACCAUGUCAGACUGCAACUGGAGAAUCACUGGAGUUCACAUUUUGGUAGGCUUACCAAUGGUAAAAAUGAUCUGAACGCACAAAACAAGCACAGCUGCUGUGAAAAUUUUCUGUUGGUAUGAACUGGAAUGCAUCACUUGUAGCCUGUAAACUAGGCCUACAUUCUUGAUGAUUCACCUUCUGUUAAAGCCUCAUUGCUUCAACUACAUUGUUGAGUGGAUAUACCAAAUGAAUGGGCUAUUGAAUGAGGUAUAAAGCUACCUUUGGGGGAAACUCAGAAGCAAAUUCCAACUAAUGUGCCUCAUUUUGGGGGGGUUGGUUUUACUGUGUCAGUCUGUAGCUAGGAUGGGAGUCAUCAGUGUUUUAGGGAAAACAAUAACUGUCAGAGCAGAGGUGGCUGAGUGAAUACUUCCAGACCCAAAUAGUCAACUUUGACAGCUAUGUGCUAGCCGUUCUGAAAAGCACAAGUGGACAGUUGUCCAGUGUCCAACCAUAUGGUGAGAUUAAUUUUUCCAUGACUCUACUACCUCACAUUUUCAUUUUGUUGCAAGGCAGUGGUAAAGAUUACUUUCUCUGGGUCAUCAUCAUGAAUUAUUUUGUAGUGAAUUUACAAACAACUACUGUGUAGCAAAUCAUCCUCAACACUUAGCCCAGGAUAAAAGCAAGUGGAACCUGUUACUUAGUGACUGGUGAUUUACAUGUGUCAUGUAAGAAUCCAUAGUUUAUCUUGAAUAAAGGUAUCCUAGGUAGCAUAGCUGUGAAAGAACUCUGCCUUGAAUGCUGGCUUUGAGGUAUACCACUGGUUUAGGUAGAUUAUUCUGAAAUCUCUCUUUUUGGAGAUGUAGUAAAAGGUUGGGGAGGUAUGUGCUCAGAAUGCUUUAGACAGAAGAUAAUCUGCAAUUGGUGUAAGAGAAGCACUUGGAUUUUAUAAGCCAUUGUGUCCUUCAAAUGCUAUAAUUAAUUUUACAGUCUGAUGCAUUGUCAACUGGUUCUUUGUAAAUAUAUAAAGGAGUUCUGGAAGAUAUGAAUUGUUAAGUGAACAUAUUAGUAAGAAAAUGGCCACCUAGUUAUCACUUUGCACCUUGUGGCUUAAUGAAACUGCUUAUGUGUAUUUGCUAUGGACCUUUCAAUGUGAGAUGAAAAGGUGCUUUAAAAACACAUAUUUGCUCUGUUUGCUGUGAGAACCCAAGCACGGUUGCAGUUCCCCUCUGCUAUACAUACAGUUAGAAAGGACUGGCUUUCCUCUCCUGUUCGAUAAGGUUCACUAUGAAAACAUGGUAAAUGUGCAUUUGCUUCAACGAACCCAUGUGUCCCUGAAGGAAGAGACUUCAAGGAAAGGCAUCUGCAAAUGAGAUGGGUCUCCCACCGGGAGCAGGAAAAGAUAAGGAGGAGUCAUAUUUAAAAAUUGAAUGUAUAAUUCUAUUCAUUGGUACUGACAGAGUGUGCUUCUGGAAAAGGGAGGUCACAGGGAGAACAAUAAGGCUAUUUGGAUCUGUCAUUGUAGCUGAGGCUCCCAUGCUGUGAGAGAAGAAAAAGGCUUGUCACUGCUAUUCCCAGAUGCCCUCCCCUUUCUUGUAGCCACCCUCCUUUUUUUAUUCUGUGGGCAUCGAGCCUCACUUCAAAGUUUUGUUCUAAGCAGGUGCUAGAUUAUACCCAUUGUGGCGUCUGACAGGGUGCCCAGCAGGAUUGCGCUGAUUAUAGUGGUAAGAAUUUGCAAGCUGUUCAAAACGCAGGAGAACAUCAAUACUGGAGAGGCACUGGCUUGUGCCCUUUUAUUGCUAUUUUCUUUCAUUCAGCUGAAAGGCCAAGAGGAGAAAUAAAGCUUGCGACAGCUCCAGAUGAAUUUCAUUUUGCAAUCACAACUUGCUAGGUCACAUGUUUGAGGGAACUGACCAAGAACUUGGAUACACCAAGUGUGGAUUAAGUAGUAACGCAAUUGCAAGUGUACAACCUACAGAUGUUACCUCUUUCUUUCAUAGAAAGGUUCUGACAGUUUAUAUGUGACUUUAUAAAAGACUUCCAACUGUUGCCACACAAUCAUGCAUACCAAGCUUUAGCUGCCAGUUCAAGACCGACAGUAUAGCCACACUUCAAGACUCAGUUUUGUUCUAAACACCACUACCUGAAGAAGAAAUCCUUGCAGUCCAAAAGUUUGCUGGGGUUUUUUUUUUGUCAAAAAUGA